AAUACUUGGUAAAAAAGCAGAUAGUUCCGCUUGCCUCGAAAGUGGUGAACCGCAAUCCAACUGCCGUGGUCAGCCCAUAGCUUCCCGGCAACCAUGUUUGGAUUCACCAAAUUAUUGCCAUAAUUAAGCUCCCAGCGGCAGCAGACCCCUAAAUUAUUCUUGUCAUGGGUCUUCCUGAAGUGGUCGAUGUUGCCCGCAAUUAUGCCGUCAUGGUCAGAAUUCAAGGCCCGGACCCGAAGGGUCUAAAAAUGCGAAAACAUGCUUUCCACCUGUACAAUUCUGGGAAGACGACACUAUCAGCAUCUGGGAUGCUUUUGCCCAGUUCCUUUGUUAAUGCUUCAGUGUCUAAGCAGAUUCAAGGUGAAAGCAAGUUGCACUCUUUUGGAGGUCACUUCUUGGUUUUAACUGUUGGUUCUGUUAUUGAGCCAUUUGUUGUACAACAGGAUAGAGGGGACAUAUCAAAGGAUAAGCCGGAGCUGAUUCCUGGUACUCAAAUUGAUAUACUGCGGGAGGGAGGAAAUACAUUGCAGAAUGAUAUCAAAGUGACUAACAAUGAGGGUUUGAACUGGCUACCUGCAGAACUCCUAAGAGUGGUUGAAAUCCCUGUGUCAUCUGCUGCUGUCCAGUCCUUAGUUGAAGGUUCGUCUAGUUCAAUUGAACAUGGGUGGGAGGUUGGUUGGUCCCUAGCUGCCUAUGGAAAUUCCCGUCAAUCAUUUACUAACAAUAAGCGGACACAGGGUUCUGUUUUUUCUUUUCUCUUUUCUGGCAUAAGAGCAGUAUGGAUUUGAACUAAGAUGUGUUGCACACCACUUACUUCUUCGAGUUGUGGAACAUGCAAGUUUCCUCCAUAUAUUUAGCAUUAAUUGCAUUAUCAGUUGAGUUGUUUCCAAGCAGAACCUUUUAUAUGUUCUAUAACCUCUUUUCAUAGGAGAAUAAAGGAAAUUCAUGUAAUGAGUUCCUUAUUUCAUGCUCCCUAUAUUUACAAUAGAGUGACAUCAUAUUGUUUCAUGUCUCUACUCAUGCCAAAAUAGUUGCCUCUUUAUCAUCAUAGAAUGUCUCACCACCUAAUUCCAAUUCAAAGAUUAAUGAUUGGAUAUCACCUCCCCGCGUCUGAAUACAAGGUAGUCUACCACCCCUAAAACUUGGAGGCAUUUCUUAAAAUAAUUCAUAUUAUGAACUCCAACUCAGUAAGCUACUCCGGUUACAUAUUUGUAAUUGUAUAAGCAUUCGGCAGUGUUAUUGGAAAGGAGCACAUUUGAGUCUCACGCUGUCAAGUGCAAAAUGGCAUGACAUAAGGAACUCUUACCGUGGUGUUCUUCGACGAUGGCAUCUCCAAUUGUCCCUAGCACUAUGUUCAAGAUGGCCCAAGCAAUGUUUGCACAAAGUAUUCUAGUCUUCAUAGCCAAAGGUCUAUGAGAUGAUAGUCUCAAAGGACCACGGAGAUUGAUUUUGUAGAUUGACUAUUUUUUUAACAGGAACUGUCAACUUAUAA